AUGGGUGACCAUGGCGCGUCUGAGCAAGAGAUUGUGAGGGCGCUGAAGGAGGUUGCUGCACGGCAAGCGGUGGGCGCUAACGGCGCCCCGGCCGGGCCGGUGCUAACCGCAUUGCCCCUGCCUGGCUCGGCCGCGAACGGCGCCGCCGAGGCCCUCGCCAACGGCGCACCAGGCGGCAGUGGCGGCGCAGCCGGCGCCCCUGACCCGUGGGGCGUGUAUGGGAAACUCGAGGCCCCGCAGCCCGCGAUCGGCGGCGGUGGUCUGCAGAUUGCGCAACUGCCGCGGCCCGGCCAGCCGCCAGGCGACCCGCUGACAGCACUGCAGCCACUACCGCUGCCGCUGGCAGCGGCACCUGCGCCUGUGAACAUGCAGCAGCAGCUGCAGCAGCUCUUGGCCGCUCAGGCGGCUGCUGCCGCGCAGCAGCCGGGCGGCGGUGGUGGUGACGCGGGCGGUGGCGUGAUGCUCCAAAUGAUGAUGGCCGCCUUCGCGGCUGCGGCGAACAUGCAGGGCGCGCAGCCUGCAGCCGGCGCCGCCGCGCCCGUGGCACCAACAGUGGGCGGAGUCGACCCGGCUGCGCAGCUCCAGCAGAUGAUGGCUCUGAUGGGUGCACAGCCAGCGCUGCAGCAGCAGCAGCAGCAGCAACAGGCGGGCGUGGCCGCGGCGGACGCCGCCGCAGCGGAGCAGCAGCGCAAGGGCCGCCGUCGCGAGGGGCGUGCCCAGCGGGAGGAUGAGCUGCCCCCACGUCAGCAGCGCGCGGCGCGGGCGCGGAAGAAGCCGCGCAAGGCGCAGGAGUGGAGCGAGGAGAGCGACGAGGAGGAGGACGAAGCCGCCGCAGGCGGCG